CUAAGUUACUGGUCACCAUAACUUAAGUCAUGGCACUGACCUUAUGCAUUAUCGUCCAGUAUAUGGAACUUGAAGGUCACCAGAUCACUUCGGGCAGUUACCCCACUUGACGUUCUGCCACGCUGUACAAGCUACAUCCGUAGCAAUCCCUAUGGCCCCGGAUAUCAAUAUGACCAGGGCAAGACCCAUACCGAUGACAUUGGCGGACGACUCGGCGGGACGAGUCGUCAGACCCUAUGUGGAGCCUUCUACAACCCGGAACCACCGAGACCCAGUCGCCCCACUGCCCCGACGAGUUGAUGUUCCGAUAUGUACGCACUGUAAGCAUGAUCAUAUAACACACACAGCUUCUCUGGCGCACCGAGGUCCGAGGCCACUGACAGCUCGAAGAACGUAGCGAGCACGCACACUUUGGAUGCGAUCAUGUGUUUAUAUGCUUGGCCUAGGACAUAAGAAUAAAUACAACUACAGUAGGGAUACAACAA